GUGGGGCUUACUGGGAAUGGACAGGAUUUAAUAUACAGAGAGACAAGGGGGUGUGGCCUCUUGUUCUGACCAAUCAACGGCACAGAGGGGCGUGGUUACAACCAAUCAUCAGCCUGGAGAGAAGACUGUCUCUGCCCACUCAGCAAUGUGUAUUUGAACCUGUAUCUCCCUCUCAGCUCUGCAUUGACAGGUGGCCUGUCUUACCUGUCCAGAUGAUGAAGGAAGUUCAUCCCUCCUUCUUUUCUUCAGGGUUUUCUUCCAGAUUGACUCUGCUGACUGACUACAGACACAAGAAACGAGGGAUAAGUGGAGGUAAAGUUUCUUAUGGAGGAGCUUUGCUGCUGAGGACGAAGGGAACGACAGACGGCAACAAACAGUGUGUUGGUGUGUCUGCAGACAGAGCAGAGGAGGAAGACGAUGAGGAGGGAGGUGAAGAUGGAAGGAACGACAAACGUCCUGUCGCCUCCACUCCUGUCCCAGGGUCGCCAUGGUGUGUGGUCUGGACUGGAGACGACCGGGUCUUCUUCUUCAAUCCCACAAUCCACCUUUCUGUCUGGGAGACACCGGGGGAGCUGAUUGGUCAAGACAUCAGCAGCAUCAUCGAGGACCCACCCCACAAGAGGAAGAGGACGACACCUGCUGACACCAGCUCAAGCUGUCAGUCAUCUGGUCUCCAUAGCAACGAUGAAGAUGAUGACCAUGAACACAACUCCAAAAAAAACAGAAUAGAGGAACCAAUGUCUCUCGUCCCUCGUCCAGGUGAAGUUAAACUCCUCCCACUGGAGCUGCGUGUUGCUCAUUUUAGGGAAAUGAUGCUUGAGAGAGGGGUUUCUGCGUUCUCCACCUGGGAGAAGGAGCUCCACAAGAUGGUGUUUGACCCUCGAUACCUGCUGCUGACCUCAGCUCAGAGGAAACAGGUGUUUGAUCAGUUUGUGAAGAGCAGGAUGAAGGACGAGUACAAAGAGAAGAAGAGCAAACUCCAGAAAGCCAGAGAAGAGUUCAAGCAGCUGCUGGAAGAGGCCAAGAUCACCAGCAG